AUGGCCUCCUUCCUUCUCGCCUCUGUUCUCGCCUUCCUCUUGCUUUCAACUCCGGCGCACUGUAAAGAUGAGAAAGAUAGUGUAUUAAAGGGUGUCAACAGCUACAGGCAGAGUCAGAACCUGCCGGUGCUGGCGGAAGUGGGCAGAGCGUCGUGCCUGGCCAACGAAAUAGCGGAUGAUCUGGAGGACGUGCCGUGUGAGAAUGUGAGGCAGUACUAUCCAACGGCUUCUGGAAUCCAGAAACUCCCAAACUUGCAGAAGCACAUUGAUAAAUGCGGCCUUAACAUCAACACCACCAGGGACGGUGUUAUUCUGCCUGCUUGCGUCGCCAAGUUGGAACCCACCGUCCUCCUCUCUAACUACACUCACAAUGAUCGCUACGCUUCCUAUCUCAACAACUCACUGUACACCGGCAUUGGACUUGGUUCUGAGAAUGACUGGAUGGUCCUCGUUCUCACCACCAACACUCCCACCGGAUCUUUCUCUGCUGCCACUUCUCUCCUUUCUCCUCCCGCUUUCAUGCUCGCCUUCCUCCCCACUCUGCUGCUUCUCUUCACACACACCCGUUAA